AUGAGGCUCUUGUCGUUCGUGCCCUGCGGCUGCCGUGCUGGACCUAUCGACGACGCGCCGCCUGCGGAUCAGCUGCAGCAGCAGGCUGCUGCCACGACCACCGGCGCGGCGGCAAGGAGGAGGCGGAGGAGGGCCAGGUCGCUGGGCGGUUCGCCGCAGUGGAGGCCGGCGCUUGGGGACAUCUAUGAGGGUGUCGCGGUGGACGUGGGCAAGGCCGCAGCGGGUGGGCGCGUCGUCCCGGCCAGGCCCGGCAGGGUGGCCUCCAGGGUCCUGCCCCGCGCGCACAGUGACGAAUACAGGCACAUCGAGACGGCGUCGUCGAUGCCGGCGUUCGCGCCGACGGCGUUCCUGUUCUGA